CCUCGCGUGUCAUGGUUUACAGAUCAGUUAACUGCGCAAGCGCGUCCCCGGCACGUUUUUACAGCGAAAGGAGAGGGAAGAAAAGGAUUUCCCGCGAGAUGGACGUUUAGCUUGAACUCCUAACAUUUUUUGAUUUACCCACACAAAGACGUUAGCAACAUGGACGCAGAGUGCGCGUCGCUGCUGCCCGGUGUGUGCGAGGUGCUGGCGGCCUCAGCGAGCUCUCUGCCCGAUGACACCAGCCUGGAGAAACUGUUGGACUGGUUCACGGGGCUCAGCGAGGCCGGUGGAUCUCUGCUGGACGCCUGCCCGUGUCUGCUUGACUUCAUAUCCUCCGUGGUCCACAACGCGGCGUCAGACCCCGGCGUCCUCUCCUUCACCCUCAGACUCACCGGCUUGAUGGCCGCCACUGAGGACGGCUUCGGAAGGCUUCAGGAACGCUCGGUUCUGAGCCAGGUCUUCGGCCGUCAGCGCUGGCAGGACGCCGGGCUCUGGGAGGACCCCUGUUUCCGAAUCGGCUGGAUCCAGGGCUUACGGAGCAUGCUGCAGCACCCGGAGGCGCUCGGCUUCUUUGUGCAAUCAGAUUUCAUCGACCCGCUCCUUCGUCUCCAGACAGACGCGAGUCUGUUCGUCGCGUCGGCCGCCAACCAAAUGCUCGCCCACGUCCUGCUCUCCUUUCAAGAUGGCGAGCGGACGCGUAGCAGUGCCGAGUACGCGUCCGUCGUCACGGCGAUCUCAGAGCACCUCAAGGUGUCGCUGGUUCCCCAGAAAUACACGGAGCUCCGUCAGAGUCUGCAGGUGCUCAAGCUGCUGGCGCUGGUCCUGGCCCGGGCCGGGCCACCUCUCUGGGACCGGCUGCUCCAGGCGGUGGCGGACUCUCUGGAGGAGCUGGCGGCGGCGGGCUGCAGCCAGCUCACGCUGCCUCUGAUGGACGUCAUCCUGGCUGCGCGCAUCCGCCCCGGCGCCGAUGAGCACGUCCCGGACCGACGCGUCAGCCGGCUCCUGGUGGCCAUGUUGGACGUCGACAAACCCGCUGACCUCGUUCAUGCUGCGGCGGCUUUCCUUCGCCGAGGUCCCCGUGAUGGAGUCCACACAGCCCGGGCCGUGGGAAUACUCCUGCUGCCCCUCCACAUCGUGACGGGUCAAAGUCUGCUGGGAACAAACACCACGGCAGACGAGCGUCGGGCUUCGGUGGCGGAGCAGCUGAAGUGUAAAAGCUUCUGCAUCUCCGUGAUCUGUGUCUGUCUGACCAACACACCGCAGAUCACUCUCACGCCUUCCGGCAACCUCCCCUGUCCUCCACAGUUAAUUGUCACUGCAGUUCUGUCAUUGUUAAGGAUCUGCAGCGGCGCCUCCUCCUCUCCCUCCUCCUCUUCCUCCCCCUCCACUGGCUGCAGUGAGGUUUCCAGGAACGUAAUCGGCAGUGGUAAAGUUCAGAAGUGUGCCCUGGAGGCUCUGACGGCCCUCAGCAGCAGCCCAGGAGCAAAGGAGGCGAUCAGUGAAGUGUUCACCGUUCUGAUGCAAUACCUGGACAAUCCUGACUCUGAUGCCACGGUGCUCCACAAGUCCUACCAGGCCUUCGUGAGAUGGAUGAGUGUGUCCACAGACACGUCUUUCGCUACCGACCAGCUCCGACGAGGUCUCGAGGAGGUCGUGAAGAAGCGCGUGUGUGACAUGCGCUGGGAGGUGAGGGACUCCACGGUGGAGUUUCUGGGACACCUGGCAGGUGGGCGCGUCUCCGUGGCGUCGGCCGAGGAGGAGGAGGAAGAGGAGGAGGAGGCGCCCGGCGCUCUGCUGGGCGUCCGCUGCACCACCCUCCUCCUGAAGGAGGCGCUCCAGGACACGGAGAGCUACGUGAGAGCCAGCGCCGUCUCCGCACUGGCAAAGAUGCUGACACCCAGCUGGCAGCAGGGGGCGCCGCUCGGUCAGGAGGAGACUGAAACCGUGAGCCGGCUGCUUGAGAUCUUGUCCCGGGACACGGAGGCGUUCCCCCGCCGGGCCGUCGUACGAUACUUCAUCUCCUGGUUCUCCUCCUCUUCCUCCUCCUCCUCCUCCUCGCUCCUGGCGCAGUGCGUGCGCUCCGUCCUCUCACAGGGCAGCGCCGAUCUGGACUGGGAGGUCAAAGUUCACACGCUGGAGCUGGCCGAGCUGCUGCUGGACGAAGCCUUUUCGGGUGACCGUGGUUACAGGGACGGCGUGGCCUCCUCCUCCUCCGACCGGACCCCCGAGUCCCGCUUGGCGGGCGUGGUGGAGCUGGGCGUCGUCCCGGCGCUGCUGAGCGGCCUGGUGGACUGCGACCGGCCCGUGGGUCUGAGGGCCUGCCGCCUGCUGACGGCGCUCCGGGACGCCGUCGGCCCGCCGGCGCCGGGCGCGCCGGACACCACCUGCCCGCUGCCCCGCCGGGGCUGGGGGGAGGAGAUCAGAAAGACUCUGGGGAUGAAGAGGAGGGACACCGAAGCAGAGGAAGGUAUCGAAGGAGGAGGAGCGAGCGAGGGGGGCGACGCCGUGAGUGUGUGCGAGGCGCUGGCCGCUCUGGGAUUGGACGAGAGGCUGAAGGUUCUCGCUCGGAGCAGCGACCACGUCCACAACUCGCCGCUCUCUCUGCUGCAGGACAUCCUGACGGCCAGCGCCGCCCGCACUCACCCGGACACACAGCCGGGCCAAGAGGUCAUCGUGGACUGCUACUGACACACACACACACACACACACACAGACACACACACACACACACACUCGGCCUUAUGUUGGUUCAUCAGUGAUGAACAACACACUCAGGGUUCUUUUGUGAUAUUUUAGUUUCUUCAGUAAAUGUGGAGUUUCUCUGAUUUCACUCAUUUAUAUUUGGGCAACGUUGCCUUUUUACACAUUUAUUAUUGUAAUUUCAUUAAAUGCCAAGUAGGAAGUUGUU